GCCCAUGGCUCUACCGAGCGCGGCCCGGGCGCUCCGCGCCGCCGCCGCCCGCCUGGGCGCCCCCCGCCGCCCGCGCUCCGCGCCCGCCACCGCGCCCCGCGGGGCCGCUCCGCCGCCGCCGGUGGCCGGCAGGGGAGCCCGGCCGGUGCCGCCGCCGCCGCCUCCGCGGGGCGAGCAGCGGGGGCCGCCGCCGCCCGUCGUGGAUUUCGAGGACCCGCGGGAGGCGUUCCGCAGCAAGAGCAGCGCGGAGCUGCUGCGCGGGCUGCUGGUGCUGGGGCUGUGCGCGGUCGGGCCGCUCGUGGAGCACAACAGGGAGCUGCUGCAGCUGUGCCAGCGGGUGUUGGGGCAGGCGCUGUUCGAGCGGUUGAUGAAGAUGACGUUCUACGGGCAGUUCGUGGCCGGGGAGGACCAGGAGGCCAUCAAACCGCUCAUCCGGCGGAACCAGGCCUUCGGCGUGGGCGCCGUGCUGGACUACAGCGUGGAGGAGGACCUGAGCGCCGAGGAGGCCGAGCGCAAGGAGCUGGACUCCUGCACCUCUGCAGCCGAGAAGGAGAUGGGAGGAGCAGAGCAAAGGGAGAAGCAGUACCGAGCUCAUCGGGGAUUUGGGGAUCGCCGUGGUGGGGUCAUCAGUGCCCGUACAUACUUCUACGCUGAUGAGGCCAAGUGUGACCAGCACAUGGAGACGUUCCUCCGCUGCAUUGAUGCCUCAGGUGGCAGCUCAGAGGACGGCUUCUCAGCCAUCAAGCUGACGGCGCUGGGCAGACCUCAGUUCCUGCUGCAGUUCUCGGAGGUGCUGGUGAAGUGGCGGAGGUUCUUCCAUCAAAUGGCUGCAGAACAGGGCCAGGCUGGGCGGGCAGUGCUGGAGAUGAAGCUGGAGGCGGAGAAGCUGCAGGAGGCCCUGGCCAGCCUCGGCAUCGCAACCAAGGCAGAGAGCCAGCACUGGUUCACAGGCGAGAACCUGGGUGUAAGCGGCACUGUGGACCUGCUAGACUGGAACAGCCUGAUCGACAGCCGCACCAAGCUCUCGAAGCUGCUGCUCAUCCCCAACAUGCAGACUGGGCAGCUGGAGCCUCUGCUCUCGCGCUUUACUGAGGAGGAGGAUUUGCAGAUGAAGCGGAUGCUGCAGCGGAUGGAUAUCCUUGCCAAGAGAGCCACAGAGAAGGGCGUGAGGCUGAUGGUGGAUGCAGAGCAGAGCUAUUUCCAGCCAGCUAUCAGCCGCCUUACCCUGGAGAUGCAGCGCCGCUUCAAUAGGGAUCGGGCAAUCAUCUUCAACACCUACCAGUGCUACCUGAAGGAGGCUUAUGACAAUGUGACAGUGGAUGUGGAGCUGUCUCGCCGGGAGGGCUGGCACUUUGGCACCAAGCUGGUCCGCGGUGCCUACAUGGAGCAGGAGCGGGAGAGGGCAGCCCAGAUUGGCUAUGAGGAUCCCAUUAACCCCACCUAUGAGAAGACCAAUGAGAUGUACCACAGGUGUCUGGACUACAUCCUGGAGGAGAUCAAGCACAGCCGGAAAGCCAACGUGAUGGUGGCAUCUCACAAUGAGGACACGGUGAAGUUCACCCUGCGCAGGAUGAUGGAGCUUGGGAUCCAUCCCUCAGAGAAGAAGGUGUACUUUGGGCAGCUGCUGGGCAUGUGUGACCAGAUCACCUUCCCCCUGGGUCAGGCUGGCUUCCCUGUCUACAAGUAUGUGCCCUAUGGCCCGGUGAAUGAGGUGCUGCCCUACCUGUCCCGGAGAGCCCAGGAGAACAGGGGCUUUGUGCAGAGGGCAAACCGGGAGCGGGACCUUCUCUGGAGGGAGCUCAAGAGGCGGCUCCUUGCAGGCAGCCUCUUCAGCCCCAGCCACUAACCCCAGCUGUGGCAUCCAGCCCAGGGUCUCUUGUGCCUUCACCUAUAACCACUACUGCUGUUCCUCGUCCUAGUUCUGCUGCAGUUUUCCACACACACAUCCCCCUGCCCCAGCACCCUUUGCACUGGGUGGGGAAGUGUCCUUGUUGCUGUUUGAACCACAUUCACCUUCUGGAGGUCGCUACUGUAGGGUUGCCCUAGCUGGCACUGUCCUGAGGGCUGUCCCUCCUCCAGCCCAGAGGGUCUUGGGCUGUGCUUGCCCUGGGCUGUCUCUGGGGGGAUGCUGGGGCUCCCCUGCCAGUCUUUCCUCAUUUCAGUGACCAUUGUCCUAGGGUUUUCCCCUCGUAGGAUUGCAUGGGGAGAUUUCACUGCCUGCUUCGUGCCAUGGGACUGGGUCCAGGGCAGCCUCAGCAAAAGCUCCUCCGCUGUCACUGGGCAGGGGUCAGAUGAGUCACUGCUGCCUGUCCCAGGGCAGCCACUACCUGGCUGCUCACCAGCUUUGCACAGACCGGAGCUGGGCAGCUCCUGGGCAGGACCAGGCUUUGCCCCCGCCCCAGAGCCAAAGCUGCCUGAGGUUGUCCGUCCUCAAGCACAGAGCUAGUGGGGCAGGAGGGGUGAGAGGUGCUGGCCAGCCCCAUCUGCAUACUGUUCCUGCCCUGCCUGCAGUCCCCAGUUCUGGUGCUGGACCAGGUCUGCUGUGGGCAGGGGUGGUGGCCACAUGGGAGCACCGGGAGCCGGACCACAGCUUGGCUCUGCCAUACACUGGAUUUGCAGAGAAUGGUGAUGAUUAAAUCAUAACUGUUCUUG